AUGGUUGGUGAAAUGUAUUGCACAUUGGCUGAAAUUGUCGGAUCCAAAGGAGGUCGAUUGAUGAAGCCAAUUCUCCUUCCUCAAAAUCCUCACGUAAAGAGAGGAUACAUUGCUGUCCGUGCUGAGGAAGUCAAGAAUGCAAACCAAAUGCUCUAUUUGAAAUGUUCUGCCAAGAAUCUUGAUUCAAAGAAUUACUUUUUUGGUAAAUCUGAUCCCUUCCUGAUUAUUUCUAGAGGUGAUGUUAGUUCCGAGCAAUUUUCACCUGUUUAUAAGAGUGAAUAUUUCACCAAGACUUUGAACUGUAGUUGGAAACCAUUUGAAUUGACUGUUCAAAGAUUGUGUAAUGGUGAUUAUAAUAGACCUAUUAGAUUGGAGGUUUAUGAUUGGAAUAGAUCUGGAAACCAUGAAUUAAUUGGUUUCCACCAGACAACAUUGGACGAAUUAGUAAAGUCAGGUUCUCAAAAGAGUUACAUUUUGGUGAAUCCUGAAUUGAAAAAGAAGAAAAAAUCAUACAUUGGAAGUGGAAAUAUUACGAUUGAAAGUAUCAAAGUGGAACAAAUGCAUACUUUCUUGGAAUAUAUUAGAGGAGGAUCAGAAGUUUCGCUCAUUUGUGCUAUUGAUUUUACUGCUUCAAAUGGUGACCCAAUGCAACCUACUUCUCUCCAUUACCGUCAACCAAACUUUAUGAAUGAUUACCAACGUGCCAUUGUCACAGUUGGUGAUAUUUUGAGUUAUUAUGAUACUGAUAAGAAGUUUCCGGUUUAUUCGUUUGGGGCCAAGAUUCCACCUCGUUAUGAUGUUUCUCAUUGCUUUCCAGCCAAUUUAAAUUGGCAAAAUCCUGAAGUGUCAGGUGUUCAAGGAAUUCUUGAUGCCUAUAACUAUGCCCUGUCACAAUGUCAACUCUAUGGUCCUACUAACUUUUCUCAAGUUAUCAAUACUGCCGCUGGAUUUGCCAGAACCUAUGCAGAAACUACUUAUUAUAUUCUAUUAAUCUUGACUGAUGGUGAAAUUACUGACAUGAAUCAAACCAUUGAUGCCGUUGUCAAUGCAUCCACAUUACCACUCUCUAUUAUCAUUGUUGGUGUUGGAAAUGCUGACUUUACCAACAUGAAUAUAUUGGAUGCUGACGAAACACCACUCGUCUCUAGCACUGGAGUAAGAAUGUCAAGAGACAUUGUUCAAUUUGUUCCAUUCAACAAUUACAAGAAUAGUCAUCCAAGUGUGUUGGCUCAAGAAGUUUUGAAAGAAAUUCCAACUCAAUUCCUUUCCUAUAUGAAAGCUCACAGAAUUGAGCCAAAAAUUCCAAUUCAAGUUGAUUCAUUCUAUGGUGGUGCUUCAAUGGCAAAACUGAAUGUAGAUCAACCAACAAGUUCACUAAGAUUCAACAAUGGUAAUACUGAUUUCCAUAGUAAUAAUACCAAUGCUUCUUCCUCAUCAACAAGUACUAGUCAACCUCAAGUUUAUCCUAAUGUACCUUCCUAUCCUCAACAACCACCACAACAACAACCAAAUCAACAACCACAACAACAAUAUCCACAAAACACUGCUUUAUACAAUCAACCAAAUCAACAACCUCCACCACAAUACAACCAAUCACAACCUCAAUAUGAUUUGAAUGGAUUACCACAUUACAGAAUAUGAUAAGAAUGUAAAAUAAAUUAGUAUUGACUCU